GGGCUGAGUUGCCUUUGAUUUAUCAUAUUCAAUUACAAAAGUAGCGAACGUAUUAAAUGCCACAUCCGGCGCUGUUCCAAGAGGCCCUUCUGUUUGUCCUCCGAAGUGGGCUCCGAAGUGGGCAGCGUGCCAAACAAAUUUGCCAAUGUUUAAAUAACAAACAGUUUUCCCCGCUGAAAGCCGAUAUCAACAUCUACUCAGCAUUCCGCCUCCGCGAACCACAACUUUUCGCCACUCGACCACUUCGCGUGCGCCAUCUGCAGUCGGCGCAAAGUUGGCCAAAAGUCCUAGUGGAGCGUGUAGGGCGUCAGCUGCUUUCAGGGUAUUUGUUGCUCUACUCCCGAGUGUGUGGCCCCAUCCGCCUGCCAGUUCGUGGGCCAACGAUUCAGACAGAUGCUGAUUUCUGGCCAUCCAUCUUCAAACGAAUCCGGUUUACCGAGAACAGAGUGAUUAAGUUUUGGUUUAAGGCUGUGGGGAGCUUUGCUCUGCAUUAA